AUGGACUGGGCUCAUUCCGAGCCCACCGGGACCAGGAAGUUCCGGUAUCUCCGACGCGAACCCAGCGCGACGGCGGCUCGCUCCGAUGACGUUACGCGGCGGAGCGGGCUGGGGCUGGCGGCUCUGGGCGCUUUGGGUCGGCGGCUGCUCUGGGCGCUGCCCGCUUACGCCGCGGGGCUGCUGGGGCUGGGCGCGGGCGCCGUCGUGCUCGCCCUGGCGCUCUACGCGAGCGGAGCGGCGGCGGCGAUGGAGCGGCGGAGCGGGCUGGGGCUGGCGGCUCUGGGCGCUUUGGGUCGGCGGCUGCUCUGGGCGCUGCCCGCUUACGCCGCGGGGCUGCUGGGGCUGGGCGCGGGCGCCGUCGUGCUCGCCCUGGCGCUCUACGCGGGCUGGCGGCGGCGGCGGCGCGCCCGGGAGCGCGGGAUGCGCGCGGCCGAGCGGCUGCACCGCGAAGAAGAAGCGGCCGUGCGCGCCGCCGCCGCCGGGCUGGGCGCGGCCCGCGGGGAGCUGCCGGCCUGGGUCAGCUUCCCGGAUGUGGAGCGGGCGGAAUGGCUCAACAAGGUGAGGGGGCGUCCGUGUGUCCGGCCCGCGUCGCCGCGGGCCACCGGCGUCCCUCCCUCCGUCUCUCUCCCUCCUCCAUCCCUCCGUCCCUCCCUCCGGCAUCCUUCCAUCCCUCCCGCCCUCUCCCUCCGGCAUCCCUCCCUCCG